AUGGAUGGUCCAGACAACGUUGUGUUUAGUCCUAGUUAUACAAGCUAUGAGAAAGAUGAAAAUGAAACUCUCGAUCAAGUAACUUGUACAGCAACCUGCCAUCCUACAUGUAGUUUUACGUGGUCAAAGACGCCAUCAAGAACACUUGUUAGUAGCUCAGCUUUAUUAAACCUUGGGAGGCUUCAGAGUUCAGAUGCUGGAACAUACAGAUGUACAGCAAUAAGGACUGGUGGUGAACCACAAAGCAAAGAUCUAACUGUGAAUGUAAUUUAUGGACCGAGGAAUAUAUUUUUCAAUCCAAAUGAUGUGUCAUAUCGACAUAAUGAAAAUUAUAACCCAGCACCAAUCACAUGUGGAGCAGAUUGCUGGGAAUGUAGCUACAGUUGGUCUGGACCAAAUUCAUUUAGUGUGUCUGGAGCAGUGCUUGACCUGAGUCCUUUAACAAAGUCAAUGGCUGGAACAUAUACAUGUACUGCUAGAAACGUUAAACUGUCUCAACAACCACUACAAACAAAACAGUUGCUACUUGAAGUUAGAUUUGGUCCUGAUUCUAUAAGUGUAACAAAUGGGAAAUUGGUAUAUACAGUUGAUGAGGAAACAAAAUUACACAAUAUAAAGUGUGAGGCUGACUGUUUUCCAGCAUGUACAUAUAAAUGGACAAAAGAUAAUCGGAUUAUUGACAAUACAGAUACUCUGUCUUUGAGACAAAUACAAAAAUCAUCAGCUGGAAAUUAUACAUGCAGGGCUACUAAUGGUGACAUGCAGUCUAGAUGGAGGGAAAAGAGGGUUACUAUUUACGUUAGAUAUGGACCUGAUUCAGCUGUUCUCAGCAAAACAUCACCACACACUGUAACAGAAGGGGAUACAAAUAAAAAAAUCGAAUGUAUUUCAGAAUGCUAUCCAGGUUGUUCUUAUAAAUGGACAAAAAGAUCCUCUGCUAUAACUUCUGAACAUGUACUUCAACUAAACACUGUGUUAAGAGAGAACGCUGGACAUUACAAAUGCAUUAGUACCAAUACAGCAAAAUCACAGUUCCAAAAGUCUGCAGAGUCAACUAUAGAAAUCAUUGUUCAAUAUGCCCCUGAUGUAAAUAUUAGUCUGUCAAUGACCAGUGUUAAAGAAGGAAAAAGUCUUAUAUUAUACUGUAACGGCCAUGGUGUACCAUCUAGUUACAACUACACAAACUUAAUUCAAAGCUGGAACAAAGUUGCAAUACCAAAUAACAAUACAGCAGUAGAUAAUACAAAGAAGUAUAGCUCUCUUUACUUUAAAUCACUACGACUAGAUGAUACAGGGACAUACACGUGUACAUUAAACAAUGGAAUAUCAAACCUAUCAGGAAUCCUUGACCAAAGUGGUACAAGGGAGAUCAUUGUACAAGUAUCUCCAAAAAUACUAAAAGAUGAUCUUCGAUUUACUGGUUCAACGGGAGACGCAAUAAAUAUUGAAAUCCCAAUUUACAGCAAUCCUGUACUUGACACUAUAGAAAUUACAAGAUAUGAUGGUCAGUCUAUUUCUAGUGAUAUGUAUACUGUUAUGGAUGAUUCUGUAGAGACACAAUUUUAUGGAAAAGAUAUCACACUGCAAGGAAAUGUAAUCUAUCUCAUGUUGAAUGAUACAAGAGAAGAAGAUUUCGGAAAUUAUUCAUUCAAAAUCACAAAUGCUCUUGAUACAACACAGGCGUUUGUUCAUGUGAUAGCAGAAGGUAAGCAAGAAUAA